AUGGCGGAGCAGGGGCUUCGGGGCAACAAAGGGACGACAAGAUUCAGUCCCAACACUCCCUUUACUCCCGAGAUAUUGACAUUUCCCUUGCCAGACAGAUUUAAGUAUCCUAGGAUCAAAGAAUAUGAUGGGACCACGGAUCCAAUCAAUCAUCUUAACAUAUACACAGACGUCAUGAAUCUACAGGUCGCACCAGAUCAGGUGAUGUGCAAGGCCUUCCCGCAAACUUUGACGAAUGCUGCUAGGGAUUGGUUUUCAACCUUAGAGCCCAACUCCAUAGCCUUAUUCUUGGAUUUGGCAGAUAAGUUCUCUGCUUUCUUCGCAAGCAGUAAACGCAUCAGGAAGACGGCGGCUUUCCUCAUGCAACUUAGACAAGGGCAAAAUGAGACCCUACGUGACUUCAUGACCAGGUUCAACAAGGAAAGACUUCAGAUUCCCGACGUACAUAUAACUGCAGUAGUUUCUGCCCUCACAUAUGCCAUAAAGUGUGAGGCUUUCAAGAUGUCUCUAUCCAAAACUUCGCCAAAGACAGUGACCGAGCUUCUUACCCGAGCCGAGAAGUACAUAAAUAUGGAGGAAACACUGAACCGAGAAAGGUUGGACCACCCCAUGACAAGGUCGAGCAUAAACGACAGCACGACCCGAACCCCCGUGAAGAACAACAUCGGAAAAAACAAAGACAGGAGGUUCCCCCGACGUCAUUCACGCGUUUAA